CAGUCUUGAAGUGUGUCCGUUCAAAGAGGAAAAAAAUAGCCAGCCUCCAUCCCAGUCUGUGUACAAUGGGUUUGUAGGAGAAAAGCGUCUCCUCGUCCGACCAGUUUUUCCAGUCUGAUUGAGAACACGCACCGAACAGCUCUUCCACACCGACACGGAGCGAAACAUGGAACAUUAAAACGCGCAAAACACCUUCAAGGAUUCGCACAAGAAGAUCUGAGAUCGGUAAGAGGGUCUCUCAGGAUGAGCGCUCGAGCGCGGGCAGCUUCCCAGGGUUCUCUGGAGGAGCCGGAUGAUGAGGUGGUGCCGUACAGCGAUGAUGAGACGGACGACGAGUUACAGUCAGAAGAUGAUCUGGAUCGAAGUGAAGAUCAGCUGCCAGAACCAGAGACCAGACCCCCACCUGCCGCCGAGCCCGGCUGGAGUGUCCGAGCAAAUGACAGGGAAUACUGCAACCAGCCCCAGUUUAAAAAGAAGGUCUUUCUGUGCAUCAAGAAAAGCAGAUAUUCUAGCAAUGCAAUCAAGACCUACAAAUACAACUUCUUCACGUUCCUGCCGCUGAACCUUUACGAGCAGUUUAAGAGAGCGGCCAACCUCUACUUCCUGUGUCUGCUCAUCCUGCAGAUCAUUCCUCAAAUCUCCACACUGCCGUGGUACACCACCCUGGUGCCAUUAGUGCUGGUUUUGGGCAUCACCGCCAUCAAAGACCUUGUGGACGACCUGGCACGACACAGGAUGGACAAAGAAAUCAACAACAGAAAGUGCGACGUGCUGCAAAAUGGCAGGUUUGUAGAGACCAGAUGGAUGCACCUGCAAGUUGGUGACGUGGUCAGGCUAAAGAAAAAUGAUUUUAUCCCGGCCGAUAUUCUGUUGUUGUCCAGUUCAAAUCCCAACAGUCUGUGUUAUGUAGAGACGGCCGAGCUUGACGGAGAGACGAAUCUAAAGUUCAAGAUGGGUCUGAAGGUGACAGAUGAGCGUCUUCAGGAGGAGAAUCAGUUGGCCCAAUUUAAUGCGCUGGUUAUGUGCGAAGAGCCCAAUAACCGUCUGGAUAAGUUUGUGGGAACGAUGAUCUGGGACGCUCAGAGUUACGCGCUCGACCUGGACAACAUGCUGCUCAGAGGAUGCAAGAUUCGCAACACGGACGAGUGCCACGGCCUGGUCAUAUUCGCAGGAAAUGACACUAAAAUCAUGAGGAACGGAGGGAAGACCAGGUUUAAGCGCACCCUAAUAGACAAACUCAUGAACUACAUGGUCUACACGAUCUUUGUGUUGUUGGUUUUGAUUUGUGCUGGUCUGGCCAUCGGACACACGUACUGGUACGAGAGCAUCGGCUCUAAGGCCUGGUAUUUGUACGACGGCCUCGGCUACACUUCGUCUUACCGAGGCUUCCUGAGUUUCUGGGGCUACAUCAUCAUCCUCAACACCAUGGUGCCUAUUUCUCUCUACGUGAGUGUGGAGGUGAUCCGCUUGGGUCAGAGUAAGUUCAUUAACUGGGAUCUGCAGAUGUACUACGGAAAAGACACGCCGGCCAAAGCCAGAACCACCACGCUGAACGAGCAGCUGGGGCAGAUCGAGUACAUCUUCUCUGAUAAAACCGGCACACUCACUCAGAACAUCAUGGCCUUCAAGAAGUGUACCAUUACAGGACGCACUUACGGUGAUCCCACCAGUGCAGACGGUGUGGUCUUGGAUCGUGGAAAGAAUGUGGAUUUCAGUUGGAAUAAAUACGCUGACAAGAAGUUCCAGUUUGAAGAUAAUUUUCUCAUUUCCAGUAUCCGUUCGAAGAAGGAUCCGCAAAUACUGGAGUUCUUCAAACUCUUGUCUUUGUGUCACACCGUUAUGGUUGAGCAGAAAGAGGAUGAGCUGGUGUACCAGGCCGCAUCUCCAGAUGAGGGCGCUCUGGUCACGGCCGCACGCAACUUUGGGUUCGUGUUCCUGUCCCGAACGCAGGACACCAUCACCAUCAUGGAGAUGGACCAUGAAGAGACCUACGAGGUGCUCGCUCUACUCGACUUCAACAGCGACCGCAAACGCAUGUCUGUCAUACUGAGAUUUCCAGAUGGUAAAAUCCGCCUGUACUGUAAGGGCGCAGACACUGUGAUCUACCAGCGACUCGAUCCCAAUAGCAGGAAUAAAGAAACCACGCAAGAAGCUCUGGACAUCUUUGCAAACGAGACCCUGCGAACUCUGUGUCUGUGCUAUAAGGACAUCAGUCAGGGGGAGUACGAAGCCUGGUCUCAGAAACACCAGGAAGCCAGUGUUUCAAUGGUGAACCGUGAGGAGGCUCUGGACGUGGUGUACGAAGAGAUUGAGCAAAACCUUCUGCUGAUUGGAGCGACAGCCAUUGAAGAUAAACUUCAGGACGGUGUUCCCGAAACCAUCGCAAAACUGGCCAAAGCUGACAUCAAGAUCUGGGUUCUAACUGGAGACAAGAAAGAGACCGCUGAGAACAUCGGCUACUCCUGCCAACUGCUGACCGACGACAUGAAGAUCCACUACGGAGAGGACGUGAAUGUGCAGCUGAGGAACAGACAGACCCAAAGACGCAACGACCCUCAAGGACGCAGUAAGAAGCUGAAAGAGAAGUUUUUCACAGAGACUAGCAAGAACGCACUUAUCAUCACUGGAGGCUGGCUGAAUGAGAUUCUGUACGAGAAGAAGAAGAAGCGUCGUCGCUUGCGUCUGAAGAAACUCAGAAAGCGGCACACCAACUCCACCAGCGCUCCGGACAGCAGUCAGCCCGUCGACGACUGGGAGAAGGAGAAGAGACAGGAGGACUUUGUGGACAUGGCGUGCGAAUGCAGCGCGGUGAUCUGCUGCCGUGUGACGCCCAAACAGAAGGCCAACGUGGUCAGUCUGGUCAAACGCUACAAGAAGGCCGUGACUCUGUCCAUCGGUGAUGGAGCCAAUGACGUCAACAUGAUCAAGACUGCAGACAUCGGUGUGGGUAUCAGCGGUCAGGAAGGGAUGCAGGCUGUGAUGUCCAGUGAUUACGCCUUUGCUCAGUUCCGUUACCUUGAGCGCCUCCUGCUGGUCCACGGACGCUGGUCCUACAUCCGCAUGUGCAAAUUCCUGCGCUACUUCUUCUACAAGAACUUCGCCUUCACCCUGGUGCACUUCUGGUUCUCCUUCUUCAACGGAUUUUCCUCACAAACGGCAUAUGAAGACUGGUUCAUCACCCUGUACAACGUUUGCUACAGCAGUCUGCCUGUUCUCCUCGUCGGCCUUCUGGAUCAGGAUGUGAAUGACAAACUGAGUUUACGCUUCCCGAAGCUGUAUCUUCCGGGGCAGCAAGGAACGUUGUUCAACUACAAGAACUUCUUCAUCAGUUUGUUCCACGGCAUCUUCACGUCCCUCAUGAUCUUCUUCAUCCCGUACGGCGCCUUCCUGCAGACCAUGGGACAGGACGGCGAGGCUCCGUCCGACUAUCAGUCGUUCGCUGUGGUCGCAGCUUCAUCGCUCAUCAUCACCGUCAACCUGCAGAUCUCGUUGAACACCUCGUACUGGACGUUCGUGAACUGUUUUGCGGUGCUCGGCAGUAUCGCCAUUUACUUCGGCAUCAUGUUUGACAUCCACAGCGCAGGAAUCCACGUCAUUUUCCCAACCACCUUCACUUUCACAGGCGCCGCGUCUAACGCUCUGAGACAGCCGUACCUGUGGCUGACCAUCAUCCUGACGGUGGGAAUCUGUCUCCUUCCUGUCAUCUGCAUCCAGUUCCUCUAUCAAACCAUCUGGCCCUCGGUCGGAGACAAGGUUCAGAGGAACAGAAAGAAAUACGAGCUUGAAGAUGACGAAGAGGAGAGGAAGAAGAAGAAGCCAGCGUUCCAGCGCGGCGGACGCUCACGUCGCUCCGCUUACGCCUUCUCGCACUCGCGCGGCUACGCCGACCUCAUCGCGUCGGGACGCAGCAUUCGGCAGCGGCCGCGCGUUCGUCCCGAGCUCAGAGAGAGCAUACGAGAGGUUCCUCAGGCCGAAAACAUCUGAAACCAACGCGCUGCCCUCAGACACUCACUACCUGCUUAUGUGCCUUUACCCUGUCAUAUCUGAGCUGCCCGUCGCAAUGGGCCAAUAGGAAGAGGCCAAGUGUCAUUUAAAGGGGAGGGACUUAUGAAAGAGCCAAUGGGAAACGGGAACGAAGGGCUUUAAAGGGAAAGUACGAGUAAACGCUCACCGAAGACCAGGACUGGUUUUAACGUUGUGCACUGCGUACAACAAAUUGUUCGUCUCAGGUUUUUAUUUCAUGCUUUUUUAUUUCCGAGUCACAUUUUUUUGCACAUGUACAAUUCGAAAGAGAGUGUGUGAAUGUGUCUUUCUAAUCUAGGCGCCCGUUUAAAACUUGCUUUAUACACUGCAAAAAUUUUCUUACAGGGUUUUUGUCUUCUUUUUCAUUAAAAAUAUUAAACGUUUCUUAAAGGAAUACAUAUUUAGUUUAAGAUAACACUAUAUAUACAGAGAAAAUGUUUUGAAUUACAUUAUUUCUCACCUUCUUGAUCACCUUUUUUCUUGCUUUAGGUUUAAAGCUCAUUAAAUUUCGUUUUGAGAUUUGAUUCCUAAAACCAUAAAUAAUAAAAAAUUAAACCUGAAUUUUGCAAUUUUGCUUCACAUGUAAAUUUGUUUUGCUUGAUUAGUAAAAAAAAUAUUUUAGAUAAUUAAUAAAUAAUAAUAAUGAUAAAUAAUUAAAAUUAAUAAUAAAAAUAAUAUUAAUCAUAAAUAAAUAAAGCAAGCUUAAAACCAGAAAAAUAAAUUAAUAUAUUUUAAAUUAGUCUGUAAAAUUACAGUUAAAUUAAUCUUGUUUGAUCCUCAAACUAAAUAAAUGUAUUCAAUUUUCAAGUGCUUUAAACAUUUUGUUUAAAAAUCUAAAAUGUUUAUAUAUUUUUCCUGAAAAACAAGACAAAAAUAGUUUUGGGAUUUGAUUUGAUAAAACCAUAAAUAAUGAAAAAUUAAACUUAAUUUUAAAACAUUCUCAAAAAAAUAUUUUCAAUUAUUAAUCAACAAUAAUAAUAAUAAUAAAUAAUACAAUUAUAUAAUAAAUAAUUAAAAUGAAUAAUAAAAAAUAAUAUUAAUAAUAAAUAAAGCAAGCUUAAAACCAGAAAAAUUAAACUUAAUUUUAAAAUAGUCUGUAAAAUUGAUUUUAAACUAAAAAAAAAUGUAUUCUUUUUUUUAGAUGCUUUAAACAUUUUGUUUAAACAUCUAAAAUGUUUAUAUAUUUUUGCUGAAAAACAAGACAAAAGUACUAAUUAAGAAACUGAUUUUUUUGCAGCGUAGCAAAGGGUGUUGAUUAGACUUUUUCCUCUUUGUUACAUUUGAAGACGUUUAUGUUUAAAUGUGAACUCGGUAAGGAAUUAUCAUCUUGACUUCUGAAAUAUUUGUUAUCCUUUUUGCAAAAAAGCAAAGGGUCGAAUCCCACAAACCUUACGAUGAAUUUUCCCCACGGUUGAAUCUUUUUCAGGGUGUCGGUGUCUCGUUCUUGAUGAUGUUCCUUAUGAACCGUGAAAGAAUGAAUGAAUUUAGAGUGGUGAAAGCUCAUGUUUACAUAAAUACUUCUGAGCUGUUACUCAAGACCUGCAUUGUCAAAAAACGUUCUCGCUCAGUUUUUAACCGCACGUCCUGUAAAAACCUGCCUAGAGGAUCAUAGAUCAUUUUUAACACACUCGCUGUGGUGUCUUCUCUGAUUUCAUAUUUCAUUGUUGUUCUGUGAGUUCAUGUUAAAUGGGUCGUCUUGCCAUCAGCUGCUGACGGAAAUCUCUGUCUGCGUAAGAAUGAAGCCUUAAUGACGAUUUGUUUUCUUCUAUAUCAUGAAAAUUGCACUUUGGUACAGGGACUUGGGAGGUGGACGUAUCUUUCUCAUUUUUUAACCCUAGUGACAUGAGAACUGUUACAAGAUUUUUAAUGAUCUACCAUGUUAUGAUAUCAUUUAUGAGAAAACACUAUAUUUAUUAGGCUGGUUGUUCUAAAUGUGUACGCUGAAUGAACGGAAAUUGCUUUAUCCAGCCGUCUACUUGUACACAGCUCUGUGGAUUGUCUGUAUGUAAUGUACUGUAAUAUACUUGCACAAAUGUCUAUAAAUAAAGAAUAAGAUGUAGAACA